GACCAAAGAGGCAAUCAACAGACAUGUGCAGCAUAUCUUGACUCAGGACCAGCCCCCCAGUGAGAAGGAUCUGGACCACACGUUCGAGGCCCUUGUCCGAGAUGAAAAAGAGAGUAUGAGCUUCAAGUACUGGCCAAACAAAUAUAUGCCAGUGGACAUGGCCAACCGAUAUGUCUGCAUCUCUCACGUGCCCGGGUUUUGGGAUCGAGUUAUUGUGGCAACCCAUACUCCACUAACAAUGGAGGAUAUGAUCGGCCACGAUGACCACCUGCCAAAGUUGUUUGGUGUGACCCUUGGCUUCUACAGGUUUCACUGGUGCUGCUUUGUGUUGACGAAACAGAUCAUCUUGGCUAUGUGGUGCACUGAUGUUAGCGGCAAAGGGCAACCGAGGGUAGUCCCUCUGGUUGAUACCAAACUGAGCAGCUAUACAGAUACUCCAGAAUUCAAACAUAUGGCGUACUAUCUGAGCCAGUGGUUUACAGCUCAGUACACGUCACAAGCCAGGGAGCUCAAAGUGGUACUGGAUUGUAAGCCUUUACAAGGUUCUACUUUUGUUCAUUUUAUAGCUUUCUUGGCUUCUAAGAUUGGAAUAAGUAGUGUGACUCCUAACGUCUCCCAGGUCAAGACAAAACAUGAUAUGAAUUACCAUCUGAACAUCAAGGUUGCAGACAAGAUAUUCACUGACCCCAGUGUUCCAGAAGGUGGGUCUGUUAAUGUUGUUGAGGAGUUUGCCCAUCGUCACAAAGGAAAAGCUAAGGAUAUCAGCGUCCGGUGUGUUUACACAAACACAGAGAGGUACAUGCUUUAAAGGUUGUACAGUAAUUGUGAAUACACCACAUGGUCUAAUUUGAGCCUCCAAUUUUGUUCAGGUGCAUCAAUGUGUCUUUUGACCUUUUAGUAUUAUGUGUUUGUAGCUACAGUGGCAGGUAUUAGUUGUCUGGGACCACUGGUGUGUUUUAAUUUUUUUUUACUUCUGUGCUUAUUGUAUUUUUUACUUUUUACGUGUACAAGAACUAUAUACCUCACUUUUGUGAAACCUAGAGCCCGGAGUGUAUGUACCUAGGGCCUUUUUAUUUCUGUACUUCAUAAAUUUGGAACUUUUUGCCUGGACAAAAUCUAUUUACGUCACUUUUGGAAAAAAUAUCUGGUGCCAGGAGCACAUGUACUUGCUGUUAUGUGUCCAGUGUGUUUACACAAACACCGAGACGUACACGGCCUUGUAAAGGUUGUACAGUAAUUGUGAAUACACCACACGGUGUAAUUUGAGCCUCCAAUUUUGUUCAGGUGCAUCAAUGUGUCUUUUGACCUUUUAGUAUUACGUGUUUGUAGCUACAGUGGCAGGUAUUAGUUGUCUGGGACCACUGGUGUGUUUUAUUUUUUUUUAUUUCUGUGCUUAUUGUAUUUUUUACUUUUUACGUGUACAAGAACUAUAUACCUCACUUUUGGCAAACCUAGAGCCCGGAGUGCAUGUACCUAGGGCCUUUUUAUUUCUGUACUUCAUAUAUUUUGAACUUUUUGCCUGGACAACAAUCUAUGUACCUCACUUUUGCAAAAUAAACCUGGUGCCUGGAGCGCAUGUGCUUGCUUA